CGUAAGGUUUUUAUGCUCUGCAUUAGAUCAGUUUUUGUCGGUGUCGCUCUUUGGAUCGUGACAGGUCGGCGAGUAUUGCGCAAGUUCUCAGUUUUUUUGUAUACAGCCCGAGCACAACCUGUUUGUUGAGUCCCUCCGUGGGGCAUAUCCGUAUACUGGGCAUAUCCAGAUACUGAGCAUAUUCCGACACUGGGCAUAUCCCGACACUGGGCAUAUUUCUAAAACAGCGAUGCCCUCCUUCGGCACGACAGUCAACCCCGUGAGUGUCACCGCAUUUGUACUUACGUGUUUGGGGUGUGUCCAAACGGUGACCGUCAUCUUUAUUACCACCUGGUGGUCAGUCAGUUACUCGAAAACUGACCGGACGUUCAAUGGCGUGUGGAGCAGCGAGGCAUGCAAGAACGUGGGCGGCGGCUUCUCGUGUCACUCAGUGUCAGCCACGCAGCUGGAGAAUGGGCAGGAAGCCCUGUUUGUCAGCAAAGUGUUCGCCACAUUCACUGCUGUCCUAUCCUUCGUUGCCGUGGUACUACACGUCGUCUACGCUCUCACGAGAGUUCCCAUUGUAAGAACUACAGCCAUUUUCAUGCUGGGGUCUGCAGGUUUAUUUGGACUGCUGGCGGUGUUUGUGUUUGCCGGGUUUUACAGCUCUCUCAGCGUCGGCUCCCCGUCCUUGGGCGUGGCCUUCUACUUGUUCCUCAUUGGGAGCAUCGUCUGCCUUGUGGCUGCGGCCUUCACGGCCUGGGCCUCAGUCAGGAAGGUCAUGACCUUCAGCCCCACACAGCUGGAGUAGCCCAGCACCGUCAGGAAGGUCAUGACCUUCAGCCCCACACAGUACUGGAGUAGUCCAAAAAUGUACUCAUUCUCAGUUAGCUUUGCAAUUUCCUUGUUAAGAAACGCAUCAAGUUUCCCCAAGCUUCUUGUCAUCGUAGGUUUAAAUACUUUUCUAUUGUGGAUAGAUCUAGAUGUAUUUGAUUGAAACGUAAACGUGGUGAAUAAAAAUAUUCCAACCGACUGUAUGGAUGAGGAUAUUUUCUUCGUGCUACAUUACAAUCAGAGCUUACACAUGAAUUGUCUUGAUGUCAAUAUUAUAGUGGCUGG